UUAUGCUAUAGUUUAUACCUUUACAUAAUCAAAUCAAUGAACUACAUGUGACAUCACUAUAAUUUCUCCUUCUGCCACCUCUCGAAAUCAUAAAACUGUAAUCUUACGUUUUCUAGCUACUUCUCUCUCCUAUCUCCCAUUUUCUCUCUCUAACCUCUUCAUCAUCUCAGUGAACUCAUCAAUGGCGAUCUUCAAAGUUUCUCGCAUUUCUACCAAGCCUUACGAUGGCCAGAAACCUGGAACUUCCGGUCUUCGCAAGAAGGUCAAAGUGUUUGCACAACCUCAUUACUUGGAAAAUUUUGUCCAGUCCACAUUCAAUGCCCUCACAGCAGAGAAGAUAAAAGGUAAAACACUUGUUGUUUCUGGCGAUGGACGCUAUUACUCUGAAGAAGCUAUCCAGAUUAUAAUAAAGAUGUCAGCUGCAAAUGGAGUUAAACGUGUUUGGGUUGGUCAAAACACACUGCUUUCAACACCUGCUGUGUCAGCUGUGAUACGUGAAAGAGUUGGGAAAGAUGGAUCUAAGGCAUCUGGGGCUUUUAUAUUGACUGCCAGUCAUAAUCCUGGAGGUCCUACUGAGGACUUUGGGAUAAAGUACAACAUGGAAAAUGGAGGACCUGCUCCAGAAGGAGUUACUGACAAGAUUUAUGAGAAUACAACUACCAUAAAGGAGUACUUGACUGCUGAAGAUUUGCCUGAUGUUGAUAUCUCUAAAAUAGGCACAACUAGCUUCUCCGGCGGGCCUGAUGGUGAAUUUGAGGUUGAAGUCUUUGAUUCAACUGAUACCUAUGUCAAGUUGAUGAAGUCAAUAUUUGAUUUCGAAGCUAUCAAAAAGCUGCUCGCAUGUCCAAAAUUCUCAUUCUGCUAUGAUGCCCUUCAUGGAGUUGCUGGUGUUUAUGCUAAGCGUAUAUUUGUUGAAGAGCUUGGUGCAAAUGAGAGUUCACUGUUGAACUGUACACCAAAGAAAGAUUUUGGUGGAGGGCAUCCUGAUCCCAAUUUGACUUAUGCAAAGGAAUUAGUCCAACGUAUGGGUUUGGGAAAAACAGACACAGAAGGUGAACCGCCUGAAUUUGGUGCUGCUGCCGAUGGUGAUGCUGAUCGUAAUAUGAUACUGGGUAAAAGGUUUUUUGUGACCCCCUCGGAUUCCGUUGCCAUUAUUGCUGCUAAUGCUGUAGAAGCAAUUCCAUACUUCGCUGGUGGUCUGAAGGGAGUUGCUAGGAGCAUGCCUACUUCUGCUGCUCUGGAUGUUGUUGCAAAAGCUCUUAAUUUGAAGUUCUUUGAGGUGCCCACUGGCUGGAAAUUUUUUGGUAAUUUGAUGGAUGCUGGAUUUUGUUCAGUAUGUGGUGAAGAAAGUUUUGGAACUGGCUCUGAUCAUGUACGUGAGAAGGAUGGAAUCUGGGCUGUUUUGGCAUGGCUAUCUAUUCUCACUCUAAAGAACAAGGAUAAACUCAAUGGAGAAAACCUUGUGACGGUUGAAGACAUUGUUCGUCAGCAUUGGGCUACCUAUGGUCGGCACUAUUACACUAGAUAUGAUUAUGAGAAUGUUGAUGCUGGUGGUGCAAAAGAACUUAUGGCACAUUUGGUCAAUCUGCAGUCUGAUCUCUCUGAAGUUAACAAGAUUGUGAAGGGAGUUAAUUCCACUGUGGCCAACGUGAAGGAUGCUGAUGAGUUUGAAUACACUGAUCCUGUUGAUGGUUCAGUUUCAAAGCACCAGGGUAUUCGCUACCUGUUUGAAGAUGGCUCGCGAUUGGUAUUCCGCCUCUCUGGAACUGGCUCUGAAGGAGCCACAGUUCGUGUGUACAUUGAACAAUAUGUAAACGACUCCUCAAAAAUCAGCAGAGAUUCACAGGAAGCACUUAAACCCCUUGUUGAUGUUGCUCUCAAGCUUUCUAAGAUGCAAGAAUUCACUGGGAGGUCAGACCCAACUGUUAUUACAUAAGCGGGAAGUGUUUCAGCUGGAUGUCACAUCCCUUGCAAUUUGAGUCAUCUCUAGUCUUCAUAAGAGGCAAUAUUAAUUUUGUACUACCAUAUUUUCUGGCUCAAAUUCAGCUUUUAUGGUUGAGGAUAUUUUUGUAAGAAAGGAGGGUCGUUGUUGAACUUGAGCUCAGAGUUGGCAACAGGCAACUCCAGUAGAGAUGAAUCCUCUCGUGCUUGAGCUGAGCUCAUAGACGAUCACUCCGAAUAAAUAUUACUUAUAAAAAACCUAUUAUAUUUUUUCUA